UGAGAUCAUUUUCAAAUACAGGAUCCAGGAGACUGCACAACUCAGUUCAGUAAUGUUUAGUGYCGCGGUUGGAAUACUUCUCUUAGUGGCGUCGUCCGCGUACGCCAUCAGCAAGGGAGCUUACUGCCACAGUGAUGAUUUUCAGGACUUUGCUUACCGAGUACCUGAGCAUUCCUGUCCUUGCAGCCCAAAGACUACUGGAACCCUUCGUUAUCACAAUGACCAAAUCCAAUUCUGUAAUGGCAAAGAUUACGUGAACAUGGGUGGCCACAAUCAUCUUGGUGAACUUGGAAGUGAAAGUAAUCCUGCUAAGUCAUGUCAUAACAUCUUGGCUGCCAACAGUAAGGCCAAAAGCGGUGUGUACUACCUUAAUCUUGGCGGCCAGGUAACCAAGACAUACUGCUACAUGGAAGAGAUGUGCGGAUCAAGAGGAUGGGCGAUGAUUAUGAAAAUCGAUGGAUCCAAGGCCACUUUCAGCUAUAAUUCCCCGAAAUGGACAGACAAACACCCAUACAAUGAAGCAGCAGCAGCAGGAGGUCUUGACAACCAAGAAACGAAGCUCGAAACCUACCACAACCUYGCAUUCACCAAGUUAUGUUUAGGCUURAAGACAAGUGGCAUCACUCACUGGCUUGAUUUGAGCUACAAGGCCAACUCAUUGUACUCGGUGAUACAUAACAAUGUUUACAAACCAACACAUCUUGGACGCAAUGCCUGGAAAACCCUGAUACGUGGGUCAUCUCUGCAGAGAAAUUGCAACCGAGAGGGAUUUAACGUAAGGCAAGGAGAUGCCUCCAUGGCAAGAAUCGGUAUAAUCUCCAACCAAGAAAAUGACUGUCACUCACCCGAUUCGCGUAUUGGCUUUGGAACUGGUGGUAGCUGGUGUGGCCAAAAUAAGCACAACAGCGCUGGAAACGAAGCGAGAUGCCACCCUGACAACGGUGACAAGAGUACUAAGAGUUUUGGUUACAUUUUUGCUCAACCCCAUGUUCACGGCUCUGAUUUAGGAUCUCACGACAACCCAGCGCCUUCGUGCCGUGCUAUUCACCAAGCAAGAAGUUCUGCAAGGAAUGGUGUAUACUAUCUGAAACUUGGUGGUCGUCUGGUCAAGACGUUUUGCGUCAUGGACAAUAUUUGCGGGUCAAGAGGAUGGACUAUGGUUAUGAAGAUUAACGGAGGAAAGACCACAUUCGGAUAUAACUCAGCUUACUGGAAAAACAAGGCAGUAUAUAAUCCCUCUGGUGCUGUUGGUGGACUUGAUGACCAAGAAACAAAGUUGGCAACUUAUUCAGACUUGUCAUUCAAAGCCCUUUGCUUGGGAAUGAAGACUGGCCACACAAAAAGAUGGCUGAGACUACCUCAAGCGGCUUCAUCCCUGUAUUCUUUGAUUGCUGAUGAUAAGCAAAGAGCUGUCACUCGUUUGGGUCGUAACAAGUGGAAGACGUUGAUUCCAGGUUCCUCUCUCCAGCCACAUUGCAACCGAGAAGGAUUCAACGUAAGGCAUGGCGAAGCAGCGAAGGCAAGAAUCGGUAUAAUCUCAAACCAAGAAAACGACUGUAACUCACCCGAUUCGCGUAUUGGCUUUGGAACUGGUGGCAGCUGGUGUGGCCAAAACAAUGGCAACAGCGCUGGUAACGAAGCGAGAUGCCACCCUGACAACGGUGACAAGAGCAUCAGGUCCAUCGGUUAUAUUCUCGUCCAGUAAAAGAAAAACAUGUCACAGGAACCAAUGUGGAAAAGGAUUUUGUAGAAUCUAGAAAUCUAGACACAUGAUGUAAGAAAGACGAGACAUCAUUAAAGCAUUAUAAAACUU